AUGUUGUCUCAGGACGAGAAUGAGAGCAAUGUUGCAGUAGAGUCCGAGCAGGAUAUCCGUCAGUUCAACUCCCCAUUCCUUCUCGAUCACAUCUCCUUGGUUUUCACCAUCUUCUUCUUCGGAUGUUUGAUCGCUUUCCUUCUCUUCCGCUCCAACAACACAGCUGAGCGCCGUACAUUCUACGCAUGCAACCAAUCAUACCACUACUAUUCUCUUCACCUUGACCUCCGUAUUGACCAGUUCACAGAACUUCACCGUAAUGUUAAGAUCUGGAUUGCCGGUGAGCGUUCCACAAAGGGCGACACACUCAACACACGUCCACUUAACUACACAAUCGAUACAACAGGCAUCAGGAGGAAAGCUACAGUUUCAUUCUACAGAACACCAAUCCAGCAGGCUUCCUUCAACUUCGGCAACGGUGCUGUCUCAGACAAGAUUUUCAUGACAAACGUUCUCCUUAACUCCUCCUACGAUACAGUCAACGUCCACUUCAUCCUUAACUCAGAUUUCCAGAACUUCCUUGGUAUGCACGUCUACUGGCAGUUCUGCACAGCUCCAAAGCCAACAUACAUCACAUUCCUCCAGGUCCUUCUCCCAGCUACAACCCUUUACCUCACAAUCCACUUCUUAUUCCACUUCACCUCCAUGACAGAGCAGUUCACACAGAUCAACAUCGCCAUCCUUGGUGUUGUCUCCGUUCUCGCUGCUCUCCCAUACACACUUAUCUUUGGAUCGAAGUUCAACUCUUAUCCACAGUUCUUCUUCUCAUCCGUCAUGGUUUCCUACUUCCGCUACAUCGUUGCCUCCCAGAUCCAGCUCGAAGCAGAAGGCACACAGUCUCCAAACAUGAAGGUCAACUCUCCACUCAUCAUCUUCUUCGUCAUCUACUCAUUCAUCGAGUUAGCUGUUACAUUCUCUGGGGGCCGCAAUGCUUCUAUAUUCCAGCUCCUUAUGACAUGCGCCAACUUCUCAUACUUCGGUAUCUCCAUCGCUCUCACAAUCUGGGCAUUCCUUAAGUCCGAUACAGGCUACUCCCGCCGUCUCAUCUUCAUGUGCGUCCUCGAGGCUCUCACAUUCCUCCUCUUAUUCCGCGACCAGGACUACCACUCCGUUUCCCAGGCCAUCGCUACACCACUCCAGCGCACACUCACAUUCGGUGCCUCCCACAUCUUCAUGAUUUCUUAUCUUCUCAUCCUCCUCCAGAUCUGCUCUGAUGUUGGCUAUGCUGAAAUCACUGCUCACAACAACGAUCAGUCAUCUCUCCUUGCUAGAGACAAGAUGGGUGUCGAUCUCAACCUUGAACCAGAGCUCGAGGAAGAAGAAGAUAUCGAAGAAAAGAAGAAUUAA